AUGGCUACUCUACAACUUGUUUCUCAUUCAAUUGAAUCAAUCUCAAGUACAGUUGCAAUGGCUUCAACCAAAGAAAAAUCAAAAAAUUCAGAGGAACGCCACAAAUCAAGAAUUGAUAUGAUCUCAAAGUCCAUAAAAGCAAUAGCAAUUAAGAAACAACAGACAACAAAAAUAUUCCGAAAGGGUGAUGAAGUUGAAGUGGCAAGUCAAGUAGAUGGCUUCGUAGGUUCUUACUACAAUGCAACUGUUGUCACUUCCUUUGGCGCUUAUCAUUAUGGAGUUAAGUACACAACUUUGUUGACUAAUGAUGAAGCCUCUCCACUAGAGGAGAUUGUAUCUGUUUCUGAGGUCCGCCCUGUUCCACCUGAUCAUCAAACUGAAACAAUGCUACUGAAAAAUGAUUUCCGUCUAUACGAUAUGGUGGAUGUGUUUGCGAAUGAUGGCUGGUGGUUGGGUCUUAUCACUGGUAAAAUUGGACAAAAUUACUAUGUCUAUUUUCCUACUACUGGGGAUCACAUUGAAUAUCCGAGUGAUGUGUUGAGAUUUCAUCAAGAAUGGUCUCAUGGUGAGUGGAUAAAUCUUCCCAGGACAAGGGAAGAUUUUUGA